UUAAACACACAAUGUGAAACAUGUCUUUCAAAUUGAUUAAAGGGUUGGCUACAUUUAGUUUAUUAUUAUUGCUUGUAGUUCUUAUUGCAGUGCUCUGUAUAGUCUGGACUAUGCCUGACAUUAAGCAAAUACACGCAGAUAAAGAGAUUUGUCUGCAAAAAAAUGACAAAAAUAUAAAAUGCGGUGAAACAACUAGUUUGUUACAUGGAGUAUUUGAAAAGGAAAUAGCAUCUUCAUUUGCUGCUGCUACGAAACAGGAGAAAAUUCAAACGGAAAAAUAUAUAGAAGAUGCUUUGAAACACGACGUACAGUUAAUGACAGACUACAAAAACUCAUUGUGGGACAUGAAGCCUUCAGCUAAAUUAGUUGGAAACCGUGAAGGACAAGAAGAUGUGCAAGGUAAUAAUGCAAUGGCAACGGUCACAAGUUGGCGUCAUGACAAAGACCUGUAUUACACAACGGGGUUUCAGAGAUACGGAGUCAGGUUCCAAAAUGGCCGUUUAAUUGUCCCUGUAAGCGGUACUUACUACAUAUACUCCUUUCUUGGACUUACAGAACGACGUCUUACUGACGAAGGAGUUCCCGUAAAAUCAAGCAGUACUAACGAAAUAAAACACGCACUGCAUAAGUAUAACGUACUUGAAACUGAUGAUAUAGAAAUCGCAUCCAAUUUGCAGUCUCGUAAAAACGCGACGCGGGGUUACUUUAAUUACUAUGCGAGUCAAAUAGCGACAUUGGCGAAGCUUCGUGCCGGUGAUGAAAUAUCAGUAGCGGUAAAUGACGUAACACUUUUGAAACACACGGGGAAUAACUACUUUGGUCUGCAUCUGAUAUGACAUCUCCAGCAUUGGGGCAGCGUCCUUGUCGCGCUGGAGGGAUGAACGCGGAGGAGUGUUAGAAUAUCGAGGACAAUCAGUAUUCCUCACAUAUAUCAUAGAAAAUGAUAACCCAACGAAAUACAAAUGUCUUUAACAUUAUGAGGAAUUCUUAUUAUUACAGCAAUUUCUCCAUUUUAACUAACCCAAAUUUGUUGGAUAAAAUGCACCACCUUACUUAAACACAUUUAAUUGUCAUAACUGUCCAUUUAAAAUUUACGCGGAAAUGGCUCAGUAUGGGUUUACUAUCUAUUUAUUAAUAAUUAAAGGUCAAUUAUUAUGGGUUUACUGAGCGUAUCCAGACACAAUAAUUGCACUGUCGCACUCAAAAACUGUUGUUUUAAUAUCAAAAGGCAAUCAUUCAAGUACAAUAAACCGAUUGUUACAUUAUCGUACUAUAUUUAUUUUAAACAUUUAGUUUAAGUAUACAUAGUGAUGCAGCGAACUGACUUUAAGAAGUCUUGUCUUCGAUAUUUUGGAACUCCUCUCGUAUCAACAGAUGCUCCACGAUAACAACAAUAAUGGCACCAUGUUUAUGAAGAUGAUUUAUAGUGCAACGUCUACUUCUAGCACUGUCCAUAUUCUUACAACACCCAUCAUAAUCUACCUCAUUCUACCCUAAUGAUCUAAUAGUUAAAAUGAUCCGCGACCGUAUCGCGUUUAGAACAUUUUAUUCGGGUUUAUAUGCAUGCUUACUAAAUAUUUGGAUAAACAUUUGAAUUAAUCCAACUUUAAUCGUAGAGUGUGAGUUAUGUAUGUUUUUACUAUUUUAUAUCCGUUAGGCAAGAGACAAAAAAUACAUUUGACGUUUUAUGGGCAAUUUCAGUUUUGGAAGCUUAUUUUUUAAAUCACACUUGUUUUUAUUGUUAACAGAUUUGCUAAUUUUUGCCAUACGUCUUGAAAACCAGUAAUCAAGUAAUUGUUGUGUUUAUGUAAAUAUGGGAAUUAUCCAUUUGAUUAACAAAUCUUAUGUAUUCCGCAUGUUUGUAUGAGUAUGUAGGCAUAUAGUUAUGGUACAUGUUAUUAAUGUGUUUUGAAACAAGAUGAUCUCAUUAAAAAAAUUACAUAUACUAAAAUUUGCGUUUGUACAAUACAUAUAUCUUUUGAUAUAUGUUUUUUUUCUAUAUUUGUCAUCUAAAGUUAUCAAUUAUGUGCAAUUCCCCACCUUUUAUCGUUUAAAAAGCCACUUGUGGAAUUUAUAUGGAAUUAUACAAUGUUAUUGUUUCAACAUUCAAUGUUAGACUAUGAAUUAUAUCACUAGUUUGUGAAUAAAAGAGAU